GUGCCCGCCCACUUCAAAGAUGGAGGACGAUACCUCAGAUUUGAGCAGACCACAGUUGUAUUUGUUUGGUUGCACCCUGAAAUCGGACAAACGGGAGUUCAGGGUUGACGUCGACGACGACGACACGGAGCAGCAGCUGUCACUCAAAGCAGUGUGUCUGGGAGCGGAGGCUGAGGACAACUUCCAUACAGUGGAAGUUGAGGGCCUCACAUAUGAUGGAAAAACAACCAAAGUGCCACUUGCUGUCCUGAAGCCAUCGGUCCUGCCGUCUAUGAGCUUAGGUGGAUUUGAGAUCACACCUCCAGUCACCUUUCGUCUCCAGUCUGGCGCUGGACCCGUUCACAUCAGCGGGCAGCACUUUGUCAGCGUGAAGGAGUCAGAUGAUGAAGAGGAGGAGAACAACACGUCGCCGGUGAAACGACCUGCGAGCCUAAUGUCGGGGAAGAAGCCUCCAAUGAAAAAGCUAAAGAUGGAUUCUGAUGACGACGAUGAAGAAGACAGUGAUGAAGAUGACGAAGAUGAUGAUGAAGACGAUGACAGUGACGACAACGCUGCGAAGCCCCAGAAGAAAGUCGGAAAGAUGUUUGAAAAAAGUCGAGAGUCUCCGGCAAAGAAGUCCAACAAAACCCCCGUCAAACAGAACGGUCCGGCGGGAAAAGCAUCGGGAUCUGCGGUCAGACCACAGACUCAGAUACCUGCCCCAGGAAAAGACAAACCCCAGGCCGGCUCGUCGAAAUCCCUCUCGCUGGCUGAGAUUAAGAGCAAGUUGUCGACGACCGCAAAGGAGGGGAAGUCUCUACCGAAGACGGAGCAGAAGUUUGAGAAUUUCGUCAAGAGUUCUUAUAAAGUCACAGACAAGAGCGUGAUCAAGGACCUCUGGAGUUUUCUACAAACACUGAAGACCAUGAAGAAGUAACGCGAAGCUCGCACCGUGACGCAUUUGUAUGUUUCUGCAUCCUGCGGGACGUUUAAAGGCACAGUCAGCGAGAUUUCCUUGCUCGGCCCUGUUGCGUCGUCACUGCUAACUGUGAUCGCAAAAGGCCGGAGCGCCGAGGCAGCCGUCAAUUAUUCAGGUGUCAUCGUCAUCUUUUUAGAUGCAAAGCGCUCAUGAGCUGUCGACGUCAUCGCACGGCAACAAUCUGCACCACCUGCAGGAACGGAGAACAUUAGGAAGUGUAGAUGUUUGUUUUUCACACAGAAAAUUAUAGAACUGCUGCAGUUUUAACACAACGCCACCUGCUGGCUGUAAAGACUUCAGUUAGGGAUGCACCGAAAUGAAAGUUAUUGGCCGAAAACUGAAACCGAAAAUCAAGCCAUUGCAAUUAUAGUAUAUUAUUUAUUCAUAGUAUAUUAUGAGUAUAGAUUAAUAUUCAUGCCUCGAAGAAUAAAUCAAUUAAGAAUCUAUGAAAAUAUCCAGGAGGAUCUCAUCGAACAUGCAUGCUCCUCAUCAGGUGCAGACAGACGCACCGCUCCUGCGCUCCGUAUCAAACGCAGCAUGGAUCAUUUCUCCACACGCUGCUUUAUCCCUCAUCCAAGUAAUGAUCUGUAUGAUGAUGAGGAUCGAGUACGGUCGCGAUGACGUGCAGAGGAUCCGAGCGAAUGUCGCGGGGAUUUCAUAAUCUGCGCUGUAUGCUGUUCUACCAUGUACUUGCGUCUUGUUGGAACUGUUUUUAUUGGCGUUCCACUCUGAUCUUGCACAGACUCUCAGUGGGAGUGGACAGGCGCGCGUGCUGCCCGCAGUUUUCACAUGUGUCCUAUCCAACGUCCUGUUUCAGUGUUAAAAGUCCUUCGGUCGCCGAGUUUUUGUUGCAUCUCCAGCUGCGAUUUAUGAUACUGAUACAUUUUUAAAGCACAGAACGUACAAACAAGACUUUGUGCUCCGACACACCUUCAAAAAAAGUCUUCAAAAAUCAAGUGAAUCAAUCAAAUUUUGUUUAAAAAUUUAUAUCUAAUCACAAUUUGCCUCACAUGGUUUAACAUGUGCCGUGUUUCCAUCAUUGUAAUGUUCAGUUUGGUACAGUACGGUACAGUUUGGAAUGGUAAAGCUACCCCAAGGGAAGGGUGCCAAAGAGUGGAACAGAUGGGGCUGAACCAAACUGAACUGUUCCACUCAGUGGAAACACGGCUAAAGUGUGACAUCCUCAGUCCUAAUUCCACAACAAUGAAGAGGAAAAAACUACAAAAAAAACCAAAAUACAAUAAAAACAUUUAACGGAUGCUGAAAACCAUAUUAGUAUAUUUCCUUUAUGCUAAAAAUGUCCAGGUCCGACACAGGCGGUUGCUUAAUGGCAACAUAAAUGUCUUUUUAACAGCAGCUAUAAAAUGAAAACAAUAGGCGAAAAACUCAGUGGCUGCAUGUCAUAUAGUAAUGCAUGCACGUGGUAUAAAAAAGGCUUUGUCCUCGCCUGUUGACGGCAUCUCUGCAUGUCUUCAUAUCGACGUUCUCCGCCUGCAGGUGGUGCAUGAUGCUGAGCCCGGUCCGGUUCAGGUGCUUUGCCUCCGAGACGCCGCGUCUCCUCGCUCGGUCGAUAAUGCAAUAGGAGAUAUUGCAGAAUGUGCCUUUAAAUAUCUCUGCCGUAAACUGAUAUGAAUCACAGUCCCAUUUAUGUGUGAAUCUGAGCCGUGUACACGGGAAUAGUUAAAGAGCGCCGAUACGAGGGGACGAUUCUGUGGCCUCAUGUUUUUACUCCACAGAUUUUUUUUUUAGUUCUGUCUGGUUUUUACAAACCUUUUAUUUUAGCUUGUAGCCAUGUUGACAUAUUGUUCUGUUCAUUUGCCUGGAGUAAUUACUCUACACAUACAGUAUAUGUACAAGAAUCAGUCAAGCAACAUGACAGUUGUACUCGGGCUGCGACUAACCACGUCUUCAUCGAUUCAUCGAGUAAUCGUUUGGUCCAGAAACGGUGAUCAGUGUUUUUCAAAGGAUGUUUCGUCCACAAACUCAAAAUGAUUUCAGUUUUAAUGAUUUCUUUCUUUUAUGGAUCAAAGAAACCAGAAAAUAUUCUCAUUUUAAGAAGCUGAGAAAUCAGAAAAUGUGUUUUAAUUCCAUUAAAAUCAAUUAUUUUUUUAGUUAAUAAUCAGUGAAUCAACUAAUUGACGUUUCUUUUUGUUUUAUAAUUGUUAGGUCCUCAAAAUAAUGAUUUUCUCAAAUGUCUUGUUUUGUCCACAAAGCAAACCUUUCAGUUUUAAUGUUUUCUCUAUUAUGUGGAGCAAAGAAACUAGAAAUGAAUGACAUUUAAGAAGCUGAGAAAUUUGAAAACUUGUUUUAAUUAUUAAGAAAAACACUCAAACCUGAUAAUAGAUUGUAGUCGUCGAUGCGUCGUCGCACAAUUAGAUUCUCUGUCCCCUGCCAUGAAUUUAACACAUUACAUGGAUAGAUGAGAUAGAAUCACUUGACAAAACUAGUCAUUGUUUUUACAGGGAAACCUUGAUGGGAUGAGGUCAGUGUAAGGGCACAGUCUCUCUCACACACACACACACACACAAAUAUGUAGCAGUGCCUCUCGUUCACUUCCGUAACUUUUUUUUUCUUAAUGUCACCGCACAUUUUCUCGCAAACCAAAAAUAAACUGCUUGUCCGAUAAACACAACCUCAAACAGGAAAUGGACCACAGAACUCAAUCCAGUGUUAUCUGCUACAUUUAUGUGUGUGUGACUGUGAUAUUAUUCAGGGAUGCACGGUUGUGGCUUCCUACACUUCUGUGCCUGCGCCCUGAACAACUAUUAUUUUCUCAUAUGUUUAUUUGUUUUGCACCAUGAACUCAUUUUACAUCUUCAUCUGCGAUGACUUGUUUGCAAAAGAUUUAGUUAAUUUCACUACAGAAGAGAAGACAUGACCACUGUCUUUGGGUGUAGGAAAAAAUGUAUAUCGGUUAUUGGCCCAAACUCUCCCGAUAUAUAUCGUGCAUCCCUACUUUUAUUAUUACUUAAUCUUCCUUAUAUAUGUAUUUGUAUAUAUGUAUGAGGGGCUUAAAACGGACCCCAAAAAAUGUAUCCAUGUUUAUCGUACGUGAACGAAAUUUGGCAUAUUUGUUUAUUAGGUUGGGUCGGACGAAAAAGUCGAGGGCCUAUGGUCUAAACCCAACAGGAAGGCCCGCCAUCUUGGAUCAAACGCCGACUUUUUGGCGAUUUGGCACCAUGGUAUUUGAACAAACUUGUCGUAGAGCUUUGGUCCGAUCAUCUUCAAACUCUGGUCUCUGUGGGUCUUGAUUAUUAUCGUUAUCUUUGCAGUCUUAUUUUGGCCCUCGUCUCCGAUGCAUACAUCGAAGGUAUGCUCGUUCUUAUUGACUUUAUUUCACACUUUCAACCAUCUUUUAACUGACGUCUUGUUACAUAAGCAUUAACGUGAAGAACCUCGCAGACGUUACACACGAGUAGAUUUAUUUCGGGAAAUGCUAAUUGAUAUCAAGCCCGUUCCCAUCUGAGCGUGUGGAUGACACCGAUUACAGCAGAACAAAAAUCUGUGGGGAAAAAACGCUUAAAGAAUAUUACGGGCGCAAUAAAACCAACACAGAUGUCUCCUCUAACUAGUUUUUUUCCCUCUCUCUCUUUCAAGUAUCGUUACAUGCAUAAAGUUAAAAAAAACACCACCAAAUGGACUGUUAACAAGCCCCAGGAAUACAUUUACGAGUUGGCACCGAUGAGCGUUGUAUUAAAGUGUAAUCCAAUUCACCAAAAAAACACACUCUGUGUCGUAUUUAUUACAACGUAACCGUAAGUUACACACGUAUAACGACAUUAGUCACGAAAUAAUGUUUACAAGAACCUCAUAAAGCGCUCAGUCUAGUAAUUGUCCGUAGUGGUGUAUAUCAUGACACAGAGCAGGCACUGCGGUGCUUAUAAUGUGUUUAUGAUCCUGUAUAAUGCUUUUUACGAGCCAAAUGCUGGCAGGUGGUUGCCAUCCUUUACCAAUCACAUGAUUCCCUUCAGCCAUCCCCGUUGUCUGAAGAGGAUAUUUGGAAUUCCUUAGGUGUGAACUUUACUAUACUUCAGCCCCGUUAAUGAAUUGACCUAAAUCUGAUGAUGAGUUUGUGAAUAUUUCUGUUAUUUUGUGGUGAUGGUGUAGAAGCAGAUUGUCAGUGCUAUAGCUUUUGCUCACACAAACACAAUUUUAUGAUUUUAAUACUACAUUUCUUUUCUUGUUGAUAAAACUCUUGCUUUUAUUCACAAAUAUGGCAGCUGAAGAAUUCUGUUUUAUAAGUCUGUGCUCAAUCCGCCCUCGCUCAGCUGGCUUUGCAGCUUGGAUCUGUUGGUUUUUAUUUUUUGGAAUUGUGUAUUUGUUGGUAUUUUAGUUAAGUUUAGUGUUGAGUGUAAAUUUGUUCCACUUUUCUUUAUCUUUACUUUGUCGUCCUUUCAUUCUGUACUCAGUCAUUUGUGAAGCCAGUGAUGAAAUAUGUGUCCAUGUGAAAUUAAAAUAAGGGGAAUGAUUGUGAUCUUUA